AUGGGCAUUCUCGGGCUCAUCAUUAUCUAUCCUUUCGGCAACGUGGCGGCAAUAGAUGCCUACUUCUUCGGUGCAAGUGCAUCAACUGAAUCGGGCCUGAAUACGGUCGAUGUUAUGGCCUUGGAAACGUAUCAGCAGCUCUACCUUUAUUUCAUACCAAUCUUCACCAACCUCGGUUUCAUCAACAUGGUUGUCGUCGCGGUCCGCCUGUACUGGUUUGAGACACGGUUGAAGGAAACAGCAUCCUCGGCCUGGAAGUCGCGUGCUCAGAAUAGAUCCCGCGAUGUGGAGAGAGGAGAGGAUUCAACCGGCAAAACGGACGACCAGCCGUCCCAUCAGCAAGAUAUUUCUGGAAGCUCACUUGCGACAACUCAACAGAGCUCGAUAGUGAAUCCUCAAGGCAUUGUGCAUAAUACUCAUAUCGCCUUCGCAGACGAUUCAAGACCUCACAGUGACUCCAAGGUCCUUUUGUCAACAGCAAAAUCUAUCGAGCAGGUGGCUUCGUCCUUCUUCGCAUUGGGUGGAGUGUCUGAAAAUUCAGCCAUUCCGCACCGCCCUCUAAAACGGCUACCCACCUCAGAUCUGCCUGGGUUAUCCAAGGGAGUCACUGUCGGGCGCAAUUCCCGCUUUUAUAACCUCACAACCGAAGAUCGCGACCGACUGGGCGGUAUCGAGUACCGUAGCUUAAAACUUCUGCUCAAGAUAGUUUUCGGCUAUUUUUUUGGCUUACAUAUCUUUGGCGCCAUUUGUCUAGUCCCUUGGAUCCAUAGGGCUCCGGCCAAGUAUACAGAUUAUCUCCAAGAAUGCGGACAGGACAAAACGUGGUGGGCUUUCUAUUCCGCGCAAACAAUGGUGGACAAUCUAGGUUUUACAUUGACGCCAGACUCAAUGGUCCAUUUCAACGAUGCAACCUGGCCAUUGUUGGUCAUGUCCUUCUUAGCAUUUGCAGGAAAUACUCUCUACCCCGUCAUUCUGCGACUUGUCAUUUGGACUAUGAGGAAUAUUGUGCCGAAAGACUCCGUAAAUAAGGAGACACUGCAGUUCAUACUCGACCACCCACGCCGUUGUUAUACACUGCUUUUUCCGGCUCGACCUACCUGGAUCUUGUUUGGCAUCAUAUUUACGCUUAACUUUGUCGACGUAUUACUUAUCAUUGUGCUUGAUCUCCAUAAUCCGGCUGUUAAUAAUCUUUCUCUCGGUCCACGUAUCCUUUCGGCCAUCUUUCAAGCUGCAUCCUCACGACAUACUGGGACAUCGACAUUUAAUCUUGCGGAAGUUAAUCCUGCGGUACAGUUUAGCUUGGUGGUUAUGAUGUAUAUCUCCAUCCUGCCAAUUGCGAUCAGCAUUCGCUCCUCAAACGCGUAUGAGGAGAAAGCACUAGGCAUUUAUCCACAUGAGAAAGGCUUGGAUGAAUCAAGUGGCUCUUCAUACGUUAUGACACAUAUCCGCAACCAGCUCUCCUUUGAUUUGUGGUACAUAUUUCUUGGUACCUUUUGUAUCUGCAUUGCCGAAGCUAAUCAAAUCAUGGAUAAUAACGAUCCCGCCUUUUCUGUUUUUUCGGUGUUUUUCGAAGUCGUAUCAGGGUAUUGCAAUGUCGGCCUCUCUCUUGGGUAUCCUACAGUGAAUACCUCUCUCAGCGGGCAAUUCACCACCUUCAGUAAGGUUGUUAUGUGCCUUAUGAUGAUUCGCGGUCGGCACCGCGGGUUACCAUAUGCGCUAGAUCGUGCCAUCAUGCUGCCCAGCGACCAUAUUACUGAGAACGACGGCUCAUUUGAUGCAGCUAAAAGUCAGAUUCGCCGUACGUUGCCGAUGAGGACAUAUUUGACAACCUAG